AUUCAAGGUAUUGAAUUUGGCGUAAGGGUAGUGUGUUUGGGGUAUGCGAAAAAGACUACGGUAUUGACUAUGGCGUACGCCGAAAUGACUACGGUAUUGAUUUUGGCGUACGCCAUAACCACUACCGUAGUCGAAGCAGAGGGGUAGUGAGAUCGGCGUCCUACACCGGGUCGACGCAGACCGUUGACGCAGACACUGCCUUUAAACAAAUCUUUUUUUCUUUCAUUUGGAUGUUUGUUUUUUCCGCUAGUAAGCGACAUGUCAAUACAUAAACAAUUAUUAUGGACAGAUGUAAGGGAUUAGUAUGCAUGCCGAUUUACAGGCUGGCUACAGGCAUAUGACAGGCAUUCGUGGUGUAUUUUUUGUGACGCUGAGUUUGGUGGUUUGGACAAUAAGGCAAUAACGUUGGUUUGGCCAGGAUGGGCGUUCGGACGUUUGGCUGGUUUGGCAACAGCGCUUCCCCGAGAGCGAAUAUGGCGCAGUCUGAAUGCGAAGGAUGUACUGGCUGUUCGUCGCUCGAUUUCCAAGAUUAUGGGAUCCCUUUGGAAGCGGUGCCACGGCUCAGCCACACCGACCCUGAAGCUGACAGGCUGAUUGCAAACAUGAUGCCCGUGGUGCUGACCGACACGGGCUUGGUGGCACCUGCGCUCAAGUGGGACCUGGACUACCUGAGCGAGCACCUGGGCGAGGGCUCUUGCACGGUGUACCAGUCGGACACGCCUUACUUCAAGUAUUACGACGAGACUAAGGUCAGGGACCACCGGCUGACCGACUUCAGGGCCCCGACGCUUAGGCACGAGUGGAAGAUCGGUACCUUCGCCCAGAGGCUACGUAGCGCAGGCCACAACAAGUACUACUACCUGCAGCAGAUGCUGAACGAGACGGUGGGGCAGAGCAUCAUGCUGGACUUCCUGCGCUUCAACUGGGACUGGGUGAACCGGCAGCAGAAGCACAAUGGCUGGGGCCCCCUCACCUCCAAUCUGCUGCUCGUGGGCACCGGAGGCAACGUGACCCCCGCCCACUACGACGAGCAGCAGAACUUCUUUGCCCACCUGCGGGGCCACAAGCGAUUCCUGCUCUUCUCCCCGGACCAGUACGGCUGCCUCUACCCACACCCGGUCUGGCACCCCCACGACCGCCAGAGCCAGGUGGACUUCUCCGACCCGGAUCUGAGCCGGUUCCCCGAAUUUGCGCACCUGCGCGGCUGGGAGACGGUGCUGGGCCCCGGGGACGUGCUCUACCUGCCCAUGUACUGGUGGCACCAGGUGGAGUCGGCGCCCGGCAAAGACUACACCGUCUCCGUCAACUUCUGGUACAAGGCGGCCCCUGUGGACAAGGUCAUCUACCCCCGGAUGGGACACCAGAAGAUGGCCAUCAUGAGGAACAUUGAGAAGGUGCUCGUGGAAGCCCUCAGGGACGUCAACGAGGUCGGCCCACUGCUGCGAGCCAUGGUCCUGGGACGGUACACCUGAGAGCGGGGAAAACCACCCGUUCUAGGCCAAGACGCAUUUGUGCUUUAGCCGGGUUAGACCGGUGCUCCGGUCGCGGGACCUGUAGGCUGCUAUAAAUGUUAUACAUAAGGCGGAAAAUGGAUAAGAUAGGGCUAAUUUAACUUAUUGCCAAUCUCUGGCACCUUGCCAGAAAGGGGCGAGAUAUUUUUGUAUAGGCAGUGCUAAUAAAAUGGAAACAAAAUGGUU